AUGGGUGAAGGAGAUAUAUCUAAGGAAUCUACACAAGCUCCACAAGGUACUCCAAUUGUUAUUUCUGUCGAACCUAUUACCAAUACUUUUGUCUCUUUACCUCCAUAUAUAAUCCCUACCACUUCCACCACUGAAUCACCCACAUUUGAAAACAUCGUCAAUCAACCCUUUACAUCAAUUUUUUCAUCACAAUCCACUGAUCCAUCAAAAAAAUUGGAGGAGUUUGAAAAUGAAGAAGGUGGCUUUGGAGGCACUUUCGAACAUAUGGUAUUUGAUGAUGAAGAAGAAGAUUUCCCUGACCAUAUGCUGAUGUCUAUGAAACAAUUCAAAAUUCUGAAUAAAAAGUUGAAUUCCAUUAUUCAGUCUCAAGCAGAUAUGGGGGGAGGAAGUUCAGUUUCAAGUUUUGAAAUUAAUAGACUAAUGAAGGCUUUUGAAGCAAUAAUGGUGAGCAAAGUUUCCGGUAUGAUUAAAGACACUGCCUCCAGAAUAUUAGAGAAGGUUGACCAAUCUGAUCACACCACUGAGUUAAGGAUAAAUUCUUUCAAUUCAAAGUAUGUGGGAGCUGUCAAAGAGUUAACCAAUGUUCAAAAUGAAAGACAUACAUUGUUUGUUAUGGAUGUGAAGAAAGUGAGAGAAGACGUCAACUUUAAGCUUCAAUAG